CGUCUUCCUCACGGCUCAGACGACAGCACUCAGCACGCCAUGUUUGCGAAGUUGUGCGUGGCGGUGCUGCUGGUGCUGGCGGCGGCGGCGGCAGUCCUCGCGUGCCACGUGCCCGGACACGUGCCCGGCACGUGCGCGUGCCGCCCGGGUGUCGGCUACGUCAGGAGCUUCCCUUCGCUGCCCUGGGGCGUGACCGGGCUGCCCUGGGCGCGUCGCUGCUUCUGGGGGGUCCCUAACAUCGGCUACCUGCCCGGGGUCCCUAACAUCGGCUACCUGCCAGGAGUCUCUAACAUCGGCUACCUGCCUGGGGUCUCUAACAUCGGCUACCUGCCCAACAUCGGCUACCUGCCGGGAGGUGCCAACAUCGGCCACCUGCCCGGGGUCUCCCACAUCGGCGCGGGCAGCCACCAGCACAGCGGCGGCGCCGGCACGGGCCACAGCCACGCCGGGGCCUCGGGCUGUGGCUGCGGCUGCGUGGACGCCGUGGCCGAGGGCUCCGGCAAGGACAGCAGCGCGCACGCCGGCCUCACGGGGAACUUCUACUGAACCUGAACGUGUACCUGUCGCGCGACAAGACUGCUGAUGGGAGACCGAGACAUUAACCCCCGCCGUUUAAUUUCACGGUCGAACUAAACAAAAAAUUAAUUUCAAAUACGCGCGCGUACCUCCUUGCGCUGAUUCUGCCAUUCGGCUCGCAAUUUCAUCUUCUGGGCGGUAUGCGGGCCAAUGAGAGACCGUCAACCAAAGAAGUAUCAAACUACUACCCGUUAAAUACAGCUCACAAACCAAGCAGCCAAUGAACACGUGGCAUUUUCCCGUGGAAGCUAGCCUGGACUACUCAUGACUAGGGCCAUGCAUUUAUCGCGAAUAAAUCUGAACGCCUAUUAGACUGCAACAAGUUUUACUCACACCAGCGGUUUCUUCCUUGUGAUUGGCGGACGUCUGCCAGGGAAGUCGUUGUCUUAUUUGACCGAGCCACUCAGGACGCGUUUGCUUCCGCACUGACUCACUGUGAUUGGUGUUGUAACAAUCGAUAUUGACCUGAAAGAAACUCACCCAAUCACGAGACACAGACGAUGCUACAGUGUUUUAACUUUCAGCUAGCCUCGGAAUAUUUUCGCGAAAUAUGCAUGCCCCUAAAUAAAUGAAUUUGUCAUUUCUUCGAGAGAGAGAAAAAAUGAGAACUCUACCCUUCUGGGAGUGGUUUCGAUGAUCUUGUGUAGUUGGUUUUAAAUACUGUGUUUGAUGUUUGUCAUUUUAUUCAAACCACAAUUUAUUCGGUUAAAUCGAAGAAACGUUUUUUUUUUUAAAACCAGUAAAUAUGUACGUUAUCAAUAAAUUUUUAUUUACAAUUGUUUGCCUGGAUAUGAAUAAUCGUACCAGUAUGUUUUAAAUGGUUCUACUGAUGUUUCGCAUGUAAAACAUCGGAUCUGCUAGUGUAAAUCCGAUGUAAAUAAGUUUUGAAAUUUGUAACCAUACUGUACCACUGUAUAAGGAAUUCUUAGCCCAGGAUUCUUCUCGUACCUGCCUACAUUUCAGGAUCUUACGUCGAAGCCCACAAACACAAAAAUAAAAAUAAUAAAAAAAUUAUUUCCUUA